CGAACGAGUGGCGAAUGGUGGCGCCCAUGAGUAAGAGGCGGUGCGGCGUCGGGUGCGCCGUAUUGAGUGACCUGUUGUACGCCGUGGGCGGACACGACGGCCAGUCCUACUUGAAUAGCAUCGAACGCUACGACCCGCACACCAACCAGUGGUGCGGCGACGUGGCGCCCACCAGCUCCUGUCGCACGUCCGUAGGUGUGGCCGUUUUGGACGGCUUUCUAUACGCCGUCGGGGGUCAGGACGGGGUCUCGUGUCUGAACUUCGUGGAGCGAUACGACCCGCAGACCAACCGAUGGAACAAAGUGGCCGGUAUGUCGACCAAGCGAUUAGGUGUGGCCGUAGCCGUGCUCGGCGGGCACCUGUACGCCAUCGGCGGCUCGGACGGCACGUCGCCCCUGAAUACGGUCGAGCGGUACGACCCGCGAACGAACCGCUGGUGUCCGGUGUCGCCGAUGGGCACCCGACGCAAGCACUUGGGCUGCGCCGUCUAUAACAACAUGAUUUACGCAGUGGGCGGGAGGGACGACACCACAGAGCUGUCGUCCGCCGAGCGCUAUAACCCGCAGUCCAAUCAGUGGCAGCCAAUCGUCGCGAUGACCUCCCGGCGCUCCGGUGUGGGGCUGGCAGUGGUAAACGGUCUGCUCUACGCCGUCGGCGGGUUUGACGGGUCGACGUAUUUGAAGACAAUCGAAGUGUACGACCCCGAGAAGAACCAGUGGUGUCUGUGCGGGUCAAUGAACUACCGGCGCCUCGGCGGUGGUGUCGGUGUCGUACGGAUACCCCAUCUCGAGACGGAACUGGUGGUGAAGAAAGCGAAUCCAAUCGCCGACCCAUUGGUUGAGAAACGCAAUGAACGGAGACGUGAAGACAAUGCGGACGCGAAGCGAUUGAAACGCCUCGAAGACAGUGAGGUCUCUGAGGAACAGUUGGCCGACACUCUCAACGAUAAGAUCGCAUCGCUUUGGCGAAUGUCUUAUUCACAACAGUUGACCGAAAAAUACCAUUUAUUAAAGACUUGUUUAUUGAGUCUCAACAGAGAGUUGACGAAAAUCGUGACCCAAUCGGGCGAAGAGUGCUCUUCGUUGGGCGUAUGGCUGACACGAGUCACUCAAGAGUACGACAACAAGUGUUGCCCACUCGAAGACAUCAGAGUUUCAACGCUUAUCAAUGGGUAUCGAAAUAAGUGUGAAUUCACUGUCGGUAUCGACAAGACUGUGGGCUUUCGGUUGGGGCUCUACAGAGAGGGAACCGUUCGGGUGAUCGCACCGCCUAUUAAUUGUCCCAUAAUUAGCGAUCACAUGAGGAGCGCUAUGAAUGCCGUCCAGACCUAUAUUACCACCAAAAGUAGACUCAAUGGCUUCGAUCCCGAGACCCAUUCCGGGCAUUGGAUUCAGGCGACAGUUAGGACAGCGAGCACUGGAUCUAUGAUUAUUCUGGUACUAAAUCCACAGCAAUUGACCGCCGAGGAGAUAACCCAAGAAAAGGCCGACAUUUUGCACUUCUUU